AUGUGUUUGGUGCUAUCUUUAAUUUCAGGGGAGUGCCCAGACCCUGCUGAACCCCAGAAUGGCUACAUCACACAUCCAAGACCUCACUACGUCGAGAACUCCACAAUUCACUUCUUCUGCCUGCGUGGUUACUUGCUGUCGGGACCUGCCACCAUGUUCUGUUUGAGAUACCUCAGCAACAAACUCAGCUGGAGACCUCGAGAGCCCCCAGUCUGUGACCUUGUCGUCUGCCAAGUUGUAAGAAUCACCAAUGGAGAGGUGGAGAACAGGACAUACCGGGUCGACGACACGUUGGGGUUCCGCUGUCUGACUGGCUUCCAUCUAGACCCACGUUCAACAGAGACCCUUCCCAGGUGUCAGGAGGACGGUACCUGGAGCUCAGUCCCCAGCUGCCUCAGCAACUUUAUGACCCCCCUUUCAUCAGGUGAUGAGCUGAACUCCUGUACUGACCCUGGGUCUCCGGAGCACGGAUCCAGGACUGUGACUCCCCCUGGAGCCUUCCAUCAGGGUGCCCUGGUGAGGUUUCACUGCCAGGACGGUUACAAACUGAAGGGCCCACUGAAGGUAGAGUGCCAAAGGCAGGAAGAUGGAAGUCUGGCUUGGGAACCCAGCCCCACUCCUGUCUGUCUCUCAGAAU